AUGACAAUGGAAGCUUGUGCAGAUACACAGCAAAGUGGUGAACCGGUUACGAAGCAGGAGCCUGAGAUUGCCCUGGCCCAGGCCUCCAUAGCAACAGGCCAGGUGACAUCCAGCAGUCCCACAGUGGCCUUGGUGCAGUUGCCGAACGGCCAAACCGUCCAAGUUCACGGGGUGAUUCAAGCGGCCCAGCCUUCAGUCAUCCAGCCCCCUCAGGUCCAAGCAGUUCAGGUGCGCGCCAAGGAAUUUAAGACAUUUGUUUUGUCUAUGCAGAUUUCAACGGUUGGUGAGAGUGAAGAUUCUCAGGAGUCUGUUGACAGCGUCACAGAUUCUCAGAAGAGGAGAGAGAUUCUGUCCAGACGACCUUCAUAUAGGAAAAUCCUAAACGAUCUAUCAUCAGACGCUCCAGCUGUUGCAUGCAUUGAGGAAGAAAAGUCUGAAGACGACUCAGCCCCGGCCAUCACCACAGUCACCAUGCCUACGCCCAUCUAUCAAACCAGCAGUGGCCAGUACAUUGCCAUCACCCAGGGAGGAGCCAUUCAAUUGGCCAAUAAUGGGACAGAUGGUGUUCAGGGCCUGCAAACGCUGACAAUGGCCAAUGCUGCCACUGCUCAACCUGGCGCCACGAUCCUGCAAUAUGCCCAGACCAGUGAUGGGCAGCAGAUCCUCUUGCCCAGCAACCAGGUGGUUGUACAAGCCGCCUCUGGAGAUGUUCAGGCAUAUCAGAUCCGCACAGCACCAACCAGCACUAUCAUGGCGACCUCACCUGCAUUGGGUACAGGAACGGGAACGGAAGAAGUCACACGUAAAAGGGAGGUGCGACUUAUGAAAAACAGGGAGGCUGCUCGUGAGUGUCGCAGGAAGAAGAAGGAGUACGUCAAAUGUUUGGAGAACCGUGUAGCGGUGCUUGAGAACCAGAACAAAACCCUUAUUGAGGAACUUAAAGCCCUCAAAGACUUGUACUGCCACAAAUCUGAGUAG